AUGCGACCUGGAGCGGUGACUCAAAGCCUGCUGGCCUUGGCAGCAUUAUGCAGUGCGCAAAACAUCACAUUUCCCUACCAGAAUGCCUCGCUGAGCAUCGAUGACCGCCUGGACGACCUGGUCUCUCGCAUGACACUGGCAGAGAAAGCAGGGCAGCUGUUCCACCCAUACAUCAACUAUGGCCCAAAUGGCACUCUUGAGCCACUGCCGCGAGAACAACAGUCGAUGGGCGGGAACGACACUCGCACGAAGGUUGGCGAGAUGUAUCUAUCACAUUUCAUUCUCGGCGACGACAUUUCCGAUGUGACAGUGGCGGUCAAUUGGCACAAUGCAAUUCAGGAGCUUGCACGCAACAGCACUCGGCUCGGAAUCCCCAUUACGGUGUCUAGUGAUCCUCGAAACCUCUACAGCGAGACCGUGGGCGGCGGAGUGGUGAACAAACUCUCGCAGUGGCCCAACAGUCUUGGGCUGGCCGCGUUGAGGAGCCCAGCACUUGCUCAAAAGUUCGCGGAGGUGGUGCGGGAAGAGUACAAGGCCCUUGGUUUCAGGACUACACUCUCUCCACAAAUUGACCUGGCUACGGAGUAUCGAUGGGCCCGUAUCCCAGGCACAUUUGGUGAAGAUGCCAAUCUGACGUCCGACUAUGUCGUGGCGACACUACGUGGCUUCCAUGGAGAGGAGUUCGGUGUAGAUUCAGUGAACACCAUGAGCAAGCACUUCCCCGGCGCAGGUCCAGCGGAGAACGGAGAGGACGGCCAUUUUGAGUAUGGAAAGAAUCAGACAUACCCAGGAAACAACUUCGACGCACAUCUGGUUCCGUUCAAGGCUGCUAUUGCUGCUGGCGAGCGCCAGAUCAUGCCAUACUACACUCGACCCAUCGGAACAGAAUACGAAGAAGUCGCAUUUGCCUACAACAAAGGCAUCAUUACUGAUCUCCUGAAAACCGAGCUUGGCUUCACCGGAAUCGUGUGUUCCGACUGGGGCAUCGUGACCGACACCGAGAUCGCUGGACAAACCAUUCCUGCCCAAGCAUGGGGCCUGGAAAGCCUUGGCGAACUCGAGCGUGUGGCACGUAUCUUGAACGCCGGCGUGGACCAGCUUGGUGGCGAGGAGCGACCUGAGCUUAUCAUUCAGCUCGUCGAAGAGGGUAACAUCACAGAAGAGCGUGUCGAACAGAGCGCCCGCCGCCUUCUGCGCGAGAAAUUUGUUCUUGGACUUUUCGAUAAUCCAUUCGUUACUGUUGAGCGCGCCAACGAGAUUGUCGGCAACGACGAAUAUGUUCAGCUUGGUCUCGCUGCUCAGCGAGCCUCGCUUACGCUUCUCACCAACGAAGAUGAGAUUCUGCCACUCAAGGACGAGUGGGCUGGCAAGAAGGUCUACAUCGAGGGUUUCCCUGAGGUCUAUCUUGAAGGCCGCGGGCUUGAAGUCGUCGAAGACGUCAACGACGCUGACCUGGCCAUCCUCCGCCUCAUCGCCCCCAGCGAACCACGCGAAGGCGGUUGCUCCCAGCUCUACGCUGCUGGCUCACUGGAAUUCAAUGCUACAGAACAAGCUCGACAGGCGGCAAUCUACGAAGCUGUGCCAACAAUUGUGGAUAUCACUCUCGAACGCCCAGCGGCAAUUCCAGAGAUCAUCGAACAAGCUGCAGCUGUGCUUGGAAGCUACGGAUCUGGACCCCAGGCCCUGCUUGAUGUGCUCUUCGGCGUCAAUGGUGCUGAACCGAGAGGACGCCUGCCAUUCGAUUUGCCUCGAAGCACGGAGGCAGUCGAUGAGAGUGCAGAAGACGUGCCAUUCGAUACACGCAAUCCUGUGUUCACGUUUGGACACGGAUUGACGUAUGGAAGUGCGAUCGAUGAUGUUUGGACGUACGGCGUGGCAUAG